CUCUCUCUCCUCUUGCCGAAUCGUGUUUCCCUCAAACUCCUAAUUAAUAUAAGCGAUUUUUGUCUCUACACGCGGACUGUAACUACUGCUUUUCAAGCUUUCAGGCGGUUAAUAAGAAAUUGUUUUGGUGUCCAAUCAUCCUGAAUUUUCUAGGGUAUAUCUGAAACAGGAAGAGCGAGGUGUUUUCGGUAUCAUUCGUAUCAGAGAGAUUCAUUCUGAAUGUUUGGGGUUUUAUAAAAACCUAGAGCCAGAGAGUUGAAUUUGAUAUCAGGUGAAAUUUGUGCAUCGUGAAUAUCUAGCGUUAUCAGAGAGAAAAAGGUGGGGAAUGGGUGUGGAUUACUAUAACAUUUUGAAGGUGAGCAGAAAUGCUACAGAUGAGGAUCUAAAGAAGGCUUACAGGCGAUUGGCUAUGAAAUGGCACCCUGAUAAGAACCCUAACAGCAAGAAAGAAGCCGAGGCCAAAUUUAAGCAGAUCUCUGAGGCUUAUGAUGUUUUGAGUGAUCCCCAAAAGAGGCAGAUCUAUGAUCAAUUUGGUGAAGAGGGAUUAAAGGGUCAAGUUCCACCACCAGGUUCAGGUAGUCCUUUUCCAUUUGCAAAUGGGGGAGGUGGGUCCAAGUUCUUUCAUUUCAACUCUAGAAAUGCAGAGGAUAUAUUCGCUGAAUUCUUUGGACAGAGCCAAUUUGUUGCCGUGGGUGGGUUCAAUUCAGCAGGCCCAGGUGGUGGCAGAUCUGUUCGAUUCCAUGAUGCGAGCAUGUUCAGUGAUUUUGAUGGCGAAAACAUGUUUAGAACGUCCAAUGAGGGUGGACCUACAGGUCCAAGAAAAGCACCACCUCUUGAGAACAAGUUGCCUUGUAGUCUAGAGGAGCUUUACACAGGGUCAACUCGGAAGAUGAAGAUAUCAAGAAAUGUUGCUGAUGCCACUGGAGUGAUUCCUGUAGAGGAAAUCCUGCCCAUCGAUGUGAAGCCUGGAUGGAAGAAAGGGACAAAGAUCAUUUUCCCCGAGAAGGGUCACAAGCAGCCCAACGUGGUCCCUGCUGACGUUGUCUUUGUGAUUGACGAGAAGCCCCAUGAAGUGUUCAAAAGAGAUGGAAACGAUCUCGUGGUUAACCAAAAGAUAUCAUUAGUUGAAGCCCUAACUGGAACAACUGUUAACCUGACUACUCUAGACGGAAGGAAUUUAAACGUACCCAUAACAGAUAUCAUAAGCCCUGGUUAUGAAAUGGUGAUACCCAAAGAAGGCAUGCCUAUUGCCAAGGAACCUGGACAGAAGGGAAAUUUGAGGAUCAGGUUCGAUGUCAAGUUUCCUUCCAGGCUAACUGCUGAACAGAAAUCAGGCUUGAGAAGGCUUCUUGGUGGCUAAUUGGUGGCGUUUCCUCGUAAUUAGAUUUGGUACGAUAUCUCUAUGGUGCUUCAAGGUUGAACCUUUUUUUUUUUUUCUUUUUUAUCCCAAGUUGAAAGGAUGGGGAGAUCUGAAGAGUUUCGAUUUGCAGGACCCUUGAAGUUAGAAUUGUGGGAUUUGGGUUUUUGGAGAUGCUGUAAAUGGGCGGUGAUUGCUAGGUUCUGUAUCUAAAAUAUAUCUUCAAGGAUGCUGGCUUUUAUGUUUGAGAGAAGUGAAUCAAGUUUCACAACUGUGUUGAGUUGGGGAUCCCCCGUUCUCUCUCUCUCUCUCUCUCUCUCUCUCAUGUAUUAAUCCCAACUGCCAAAAAUAUGGUCCUAAACUAUAUCUAUAUUGUGGAUCUUGUUUCUAGUAACUUUGAUUCUGUAAUGGUCCUAAACUAUUUAUGAUGUGGACCUUGUUUCCAGUAACUUUGAUUCUGUAAUAUUUACCCCAAAUGGCUAAAAUAAGGUGGUCAUCAACAAAGGGCCUUGUUCCUGUUUA